AUGGAUGCAGGUGCUAGAGGUCGUGGUGCAAAAGAUCGCGGUAAAGCAGUUGCCCGUGGGGGCAGAGCAAUUGCCCAUGGUGGCAGAGCUGAUAGCCGUGGAGGCCGAGGUUGGGGUCAUGGACUACUAGCAGAGUCGGGUUUUGGUGCCGGUGAUGGCGCAAGAGUUGGGGUGGCCCCAGGUGCGGGUGCUGCUCCCGCUCAGGGUCGAGAUGACCUAGUUGUCAGGCUACUGAAGCAGCUGUUGGCACGUCUUCCGCCAACAGUUCCACAACAGGCUUCGGGUGUACCUCCAGUGGCCUGGGUGCAUCAGGGAGCUGCAGUUGCUGAGCAGCCGAGGGCUAUAGUUGUGGAUGUGCCGCUCUAUCUAGAAAUGAUGGGGCAGAUGUAG